UCAUUGUAUGUAAAACCCGCUGUAAAGUCACUAACGCAACACGGCGACAAUACUUAGUAAAUGUAUGAAUAGGUGUGGUGAUCCAGCUGUUAGUCACAAUCGCGUGCAUACGUACAGGAACUAGUCUAUUUACCAACCGACUAAAAAUAUUCCGCCACCGAGAGAGAGCAGUGCGCUUCCUCGAGGCCUCUGUUACAAGUUGUGUGGAGGUACAUGUAUAUAUACAGCAUAUAGCUUGACACACGCAGAGAGAGUCGACCAUCAAGCCGAUCUGUGAGCACAGGAGUGUCAGCCAGGGCAUUUUGGUCGUACAAACCUCAUUAAAAAAUCCUGCAUUCCUCAGCGAUUCCAGAUAAAACAGCGCAGCCUGGAGUCCGUGGGGUCUGUUUGUGCACCCAAACGGUCCAGACAGGGUUUAGUCAGCGGGUUCGCGGCGUCUGACCGCACAAAAGGUCGCAAUUUCAUGGGCUGCUAGACACGGCAAAAUAAUAUCGUGGGAUCGUGCCUGUAUGUGCAUCUACUGUGUCAACUACAUGUACUUUGAAUUCGCGUAGGCCUACAAUUACCAUACCAGCAUUUUGCCAGUGCACAUUAUGUGUUACACCUCGAACGCGAGUGAACAGCAAAUUCACAUUCAAGUGCCAGCAACUGCGUGUGAUGUGUUUUUCUCAUCCAACUCCAACCGGGGAGCCUUAAUUGUCGUGCUUCACGAACGUCUCCACCUUAAGUGAGCCGUCAUAUCUCUUCAUAGGAGGGACUCGUGGUCUUGCUCCAGCGAACACGUGUGGUGAGUCAUCAGAGAAUUGUCGCGUUAGGAAUAAACUUUUUUCCGUUUUUCCUUCAAAGAUACAUGGUAAGCUGGACACGAUACGCAUGUACGUGUGCUGCUGGUGUUAGUCUGUUAGUGUAUUGACAUCCCAGUUUCCCAGCCAGUAAAUAAUAGUCUUAUUUCAGAGGAAAGCAACUGCAUAUGUGGCGCUUUUUCUCGACCUCUUGGGAGCAGUUUGGCGCGGUGAGGUGCCAGUAGUACAUGUACAAGAAAUCGACCUCCCCGCCGUGAGCGGAUGCUGCCAACAACUCAGCUGUGGUGACGGUCCGCCGAACCUAAGGAAUUUCCCCGUCAGCGUGGAUCAAAGUUGACGACUUGCGUGUGGUUGUGGAACUGCACUGUUUUUUGGGCUGAGGAGGUCAAGGGUAGGGCUAAAGCUUUUAGUGAGAACUCCCAAGGGCGGAAACCGGACUGGGAAUAAUACAAUUCAGGAGGUGUAUUGUGCUGAAUCCCUCCCUUGCUUGCCGUAUCGCAGACAGUGGAAUUUGGUUUCAGGGUUAUGCGACUUCCCCGUUUAUAACUAUCACCAGAGAGGCUCCGCAGUUGUAGGCUAGUGACUAAUGAAAUGCAUGUCAUUUGACAAAGAGUGAUUGAGCCAGAAGGGAUUUUUUGUUUGGAUAUUUGACGACGGCUCGCGUGCUGCGAGACAAGGUCAGGAGGUGAUAUUGCGGCCCCGGAGUCUUGCAUUGAUGCUUGUGGAACGACUGGUAUGCAUCGUACCCGGCUGAUCUAAUUUUAAACUAUUCCAAGCUACAGCCUGGUGACGGUGAAUGCACGUUGAACAUGAAUGUUGUAGGAGUUGCUAAUCCGGCAGCAAUGGCGGCCACAACGGGGACUUGCACCGACCAGGAUAUACGGCAGAUUGAACGGUUCUUCACCAGCCUGAAGAGUCGGGUGUACGUCUGUCCGGCUCUGGCCAAUCUUUAUUUCACCACCUUGCAGGAGAUGGCCAACCUGGGCGGCUGGGAGCUGGCCACGACGGGAUUCCCGACUUUAAUCUUCGAGAACAGACAGAACGAGCGACGGCUCGUGCUGUGCAUCGCCGAGAAGGGGACCGGGUUUGUGCAGUGGAAAGACGGCCUGAACCAGGACAGCAAGUAUAGGUCUCCGGAGAGGAACUUCCAUACUCUGUGCGUCUCUGGAGACGCACAGAAACUGGCCGGCCUGAGUUUCGACAACGACCUGGCGGCGGCCGAGCUCCUAGACACCGUGCACGCGUGGCUUGAGGAGCUGGCCUCGGAGGAGGGGUCUCAGAACGCCAAGAAGAAGAAGAGGAAACACAGGGAGCCCAAAGUCACGUUGCCCAAGAAGGAGACGAUAUCGCAGCCUUGCAUGUUCGAACACGUCACAAAUUUGGACCACGAGAAGUUCGUGCAGCGGAUGAUGGGCACCGUGCCUACCAUUGUAGCACCAACACCCCAACAAUAUGGCGGGGGAUCUCCGCCAGAGAACGGGGACACUUCUAAAAUGCUAGCUUACGCUGAGAGCACCUCGACAGAGGACUCGGGGCUGGAUGAGCUCCAUGAAUGAUUGUCCUGUGCUUUUAAAAAACUGUGCCUGCUGUACGCGAAGUAAAUUGUAGCUCGUACGUAUUUUUGAUGGCAUGACUAUAUACAUGCACUCUCCAAGUUGGACGAAAAGAACAUGAUGAACAUCCUAUGCAAUACUUACAGGGAAACCAAUAGACUUGAACAGUGUUCGCAAUACACGGUGGAACAUAGGAAGAUUGCCUCAGCAUUUGACUUCGGCUUGUAAAACUGUACAUAUACAUUUUUUUAAACGUUAUAGGGGUGCAAAGUUCUAUGUUGCUUUAGGUCGCAAACUAUUUGUACUGCAAACGAUUUGCCAGCGUAAUUUAUUAAUUAUGCACCUUUAUGUUAUGUUUGAAAUAUACCAUUCCAGACAUUACUUUUUGAAGUGCAGUCAAUGAGUGCAUGAUUUGUACUGUAAAGUCGUACAUCACGGAAAAGACAGUGAUAUAUAUUUUGCUAGAUUGAAAAUUGUAAUAUUAUAGGCCUACUUGUGUCUGCCAAAUUUUUGGCGCAAACCAUUAACAUGUAUUUAAUUAAAAGCCCAACUUUUAAACUAACGGGAGAAGAUAGAUGUCCGAUGUGUUAAUGAUAUACAUUUCCUUUCAGUUCGAGGGUAUAUGACUUUUUUUUAACUUGCAUAAGAGGCAAUAAAGAAAUACAUUUUCAGUAAUAUUUAUAUUAACAAUGGCUGACCGAUAUUCGAGACUCUCUGAAGAAAAAAAAAUUUGCCUAUGAAUAUUAAAGAUUUUCCCGUAAUAGGUCAAAACGAAGGCUGAAGAAGCACUACUAAAAACCGCCUGCCGCCCCUUUCUCUCUUACUAUAUAAUGUUGCUCGUGUUUAUAAUUGUCAGUUUAUAUUUAUUUUCAGUAAAUGUAACUUAUUUUUGCAGUAGCAGUCUGUCAAAAUGUGACCGAUGUUGUUGGAGUGUGGUUUACUAAUAAUUUUAGAUUACCUUUUCUAAAAAUCCUAGUUGUACUGUACAUUUCAUUGAUAGUAUUUUUAGAAUAUUGUUGUCACGCUUUCUCAUUUUUAUUUCAUCUACACCAAUGUUUCGUGUCAAGUAAAAUAUUUCAGUCCUGACUAUAGGUAAUUGUCCCACGCGACUGUUUACACCGAUGCAAUUUCGCUACAUAGUAUAAAUUAAUGUUUGUAAAAAGUUUUAAGUCUCGAAUGCAUAACCAUGUUACCAAUUGAUAAAAUUUACAACAGCUUUCACUUUUUUCAUCGCCCUGGCUAACGUGGUAUUAAAGGUAUCCACAAACUAAUUGGCACAUGCAGGUCAAGACUGAUACUUCGGUAUAUCCAAACAAGCGUCCGUUUCGCGCCAUCGUUGUAAUUCAAACCCGGAGAAAGGCUCAUAAAAUAACGGAAAGAAGUCAACCUGAUUCUUCCGUUUUGGACGGAAUCCACUGUGUACUAACAUUCUUAAGUACACACAUAAAGUCGGACGUGGGAAACUUCAACUUUAUUUUGCGCGUGGUUCAAACACAGUGUUCUCAGAUAAUACAAUUUAAUGUCUGGUAUUGUGGGUAAGGUUAUAGAUCACGUAAUAGGACAUUUUUGAUGUGUAUAUGUAACAAUGAACAACCUAUUUCAAAAGACCCUCUUUCUUCUGACUUCCGUAUAAGUGUCACAGUUCGAGGGCAGCUCUUUUGUUACGGUGAUUUGAAUACUGGAAGUAAAUAAGUCAACGACUCUUCAUAACCUGAAUACUUCGAAAACCCAAACAGUUCUUUUGUAAUAAAGUAUACCCGUCGUGAAUUUCUCCAAAGACAAGUGACCUGAGAGAUUUCUGUUGAAACGGAAGUGAUUUUGAGUGACAUGUCGUUGAGUCCUUCAAAUUCAUGCACUUUUACAUGUGUACUUGAAGUAAUUUUUUUACUCCCUUUACGAUGGUUAGCCAUCAUCACGCUGUUUCUCAACAUGUUUAUGAGAAUACACUUUUUAUGAUUGUAACAUUUUCACGCAGGUAUUUCAUUGUAUCAAAAUUAAAGAGGUAUAUUUUUAGUGAGUCUUUACGGUCCUGUUAUGUUGAAAAGUGAUAAAGAUAUUUUAGAUAUUGAGCACGCGCAAAAAUAAAAUUAAAAUGCAGAUGUAAUUAAAAGAGUGCAUUUGCUUUAUUAUGCGACGUCUUGAAAAAAGACAUCUGUAACAUUAUCACUGUAUUUCUGUGUAUGGAAAGAUUUGCUAUGACAAUAGAGGAUUUGCAUGGUAGCCAUCUUGUAGGGUAGUUCUUUCGUUCCACAGAGAAACCUCCUUUGUGCAUACCCAGUGAAACAAAACCUCUGGCCUGCAAGAUGGCAGCCAUGCAAACCCUCUAUACAUGUACAGUGUAUCCAUGAUGAGGAUUGCACUGUGGCCUCUUCCUUUUUCCUGUUUUGUAGUACACGAAGGCCAAAGGGUUGCUUUCGAUACACGAUACCUGUAACAGCCAAACCUUCACCAUUGAGCCACGUAUAACGACCGGAAAGAGAUCUAUUGUGAUAACAAAAAUUGGGUUGAGUCAGUUACGGUACAUCCCCAGACGGGAAAUGUUUUUACCGCAAAAAAAAUUAUUUACCCAUCAUUACGCCUGAGAGAAUGCACGUUUUCUUGAACAAAUUCCGGUUGCAUGGUCCUGUCAUUUCACAGACUUUGAAUUUUUUCGGUAUUCUUCCCCUGACUGACGUAUACGUGUACUGUCGAAAUUCCGGCCUCAUCACAACUCUGUGAAUGUUAAAACAUACAGUUACAAUUCCGAAUGACCAUGCUGUUAUAAGUUGUAUUUUAAGGAUCCAGGAAGCUGCCUUUGUCCUACAUCCGUCCUUUCUCAGAACAAAACUAAAAUCAGUUUCGGUUCUCAAUGCGCGAAACUUUUAGUAAUUAAAAAUGAUGUAAAAGUCAAGUAAAGACAAUGAAAGUUAAAUUUGAGAUUAGCACAAGCAGAUAUCAUUUUCCUAAGUUAUAGUUACGUGACUUGACUUGAAGGCCUGUAUGUGGAGUUGUGUUGAAAACGUAUACUGUACGUUUGGUACUCGGUGUCUUGAAUUUCAGGUCGGGCACCAUUUUUAGGAAAAAUUAUGUAACAUUUAAAGGAGAUAUGAAAGCUUACUGACUACCAGGCUAGUUCUAUUUAGUACGGUGACCCCUACACGGCAUCAGAGCCAUAAUGAUAACUUUCUAUUAGAUUAAAGUAACGAGGGUAUGAAUGGCAUGUUUUAAUUUGUGCAUGUUGCAUAAUAAAGAAUUUGAAUUUCCUUCUCUUUUGCAACUGGAAAGUAUACUACAGACAUUUUUGGUUGGCGAUGAAUAUCUCGCGGGGUUUUCCGCAGUUCCUGGUCUUGUGGGUAUUUUUCUGGUGGAAAUGUAAAUUGGCAAGUGGUAAUAAUAAGAAUGAAUUGAACUUAUUUGAAUGAUUAGAUGUGAAUACCAGUCGUCUUAGACUGGAAGACAAUUCUUCCUCUUCUUAGGUUAGCUUGUGCGCAUUUUGAGCAACCAGACAAGAACGGAGAGAGACGUUGAAACCUUAUGGGGUUAACUAUGGCCUGAUGAGUAUAUAUUUCCUAUAAAUGUAUUGAGUAGUUGGUCAGUACCUGCCGGCUUUGAUCCAAGAUCAGGAACUUGACGGUGAUUUGGUUUUGAUUUAUGGAUAAAGUUGUUUUCUAGAUGUGGUGACAGCGAGCCCACAGGAAUGCGGGAUAUUAUGCAUUGCUCGUAGUAUGGUUCAUAACUUAAAGGAGUUUCGUGGGUGUUUACUUAUGUACUUUAUUAACGAGAAGCAUCAGUUGAAAGUAAAACAUCAACUUCCUUCUGAAAACGU